CGCCGCCGCCUGGGGCCAUGGCGGCGCUGGUGCUGGUGCUGCUGGCGACGCUGGGCAGGCUGGCCGUACUACCGUGCGGGCGGUGCGCGGCGCCUCUGGCCGACCUGCGCUCUCAGAUCUCGGGCGUGGAGUCACUACUAGAAGAGUUCCGCCGGCAGCUGCAGCAGGAGGAGCCGGGACCGCAGGCAGUGGCGGCAACAGACGGAGGCUGGGAACGCUGCGGCGGCAGCAGCAGCUUCUCCGCCAGGCCUGACUCUAUCAUCCGCACCAAGGACUCCAUCGCGGCCGGCGCCACCUUUCUCCGGGCCCCCGCCGCUGUGGCGGGCUGGCGGCAGUGCCUGGACGCCUGCUGCGCCGAGCCGAGCUGCACGCUGGCCGUGGUGCAGGGGCCUGGCCGGCAGCAGGGAACGACUGACCUGGGUUGCUACCUCUUCAACUGUACGCAUCGCGGCCGCCCCGUCUGCCGCUUCGCCCCGCACCGCGGAUACAGCACCUACAGCCGGCGGCCCGCCGGUGUCUCCGCGCCGCCCGCCGCGCCGCCGGAAGCAGAAAAUGACAAGCCUCCACAGUGCAAGGCAGGACAGGACAUUGUGCUGCAGUCACCUGUCGACUGGGUGCUUUUGGACGGCCGAGAAAGUUCAGAUGACCAUGGAAUUGUGCAGUACGAGUGGACGCUGCUGCAAGGUGACUCCUCGGUUGAAAUGAAGGUACCACAGCCAGGAACACUGAAACUGUCUCACAUUCAGGAAGGCAGGUACAUUUUCCAGCUAACUGUGACAGACACUGCAGGUCAGCGGGGCUCCGACAACGUCUCUGUGACCGUUCUGCCCAUGGUUCAUUCUGCAGUAGCCUGUGUUGGGGUUUGCUCUCGCUACCAGUUUAUCUGCGACGACGGCUGCUGCAUUGACAUCACGUUUGCUUGCGACGGCGUGAGGCAGUGCCCUGAUGGAUCAGAUGAAACCUUCUGCCAGAACCUCAGCCCUGGUCGGAAGACAGUGACACAUGCAGCUCCUGGUGGUACCCAGCAAAGGACUGUAGGACAGACUGAGAACAUGGAUGAAAACUUCUCUGCAGAAAACACCCUGAAAGCCACUGCCAGAAAUCAGCCACUUCUCUCAGUGGAUGCAGACAUGUCUAACCAAUCGUUUUCUCAGGGACCAAAGAAACAAAUCACUGGUUUUGUGCCAGAUAACAGUUCCUCAGGGAAAAGAACUGAUGAUAAAAAUGGCAAUGGCAUAAUUGUGCCAAAGAAAAAUCAGCUUGGAGGUGGUCAUCCAGUCCCAGAAACAGGUGCUGUGUUACCCUUAGCCUUAGGCUUGGCCAUCACUGCUUUACUGCUGCUUAUGGUUGCUUGCAGACUGCGUUUAGUGAGACAGAAGCUUAAGAAAGCUCGACCCAUUACAUCCGAGGAGUCUGAUUACCUCAUCAAUGGGAUGUAUCUCUAACAAUUGGAUUAUGUCGGCCGUUUUCUCCUCUUUCUUCUGUGUCCAUGAACUUCUGCUUCCAUAAAAGGACCAAAACCUUUAGUUAAAUUUCAAGUGUAGAAGAAGCCUACAAGAUGAGGAACGUGUUCCUCCCCUGUGGUGAAUGAAAAGUGGGUAGAUGCCUGUGCUCAGAAAAUAAGAACUGUUGAGGCUCCAGAAAGUAGUACUAGUUGGCUAUUCUGCAGGAGACACAGCAAGGUGGGGACACUCCAAACUAGAUGCAGGGUGGGAUGCAGCAGUCAGGGUGCUAGCCGUAACAGAGCAUGCCCCAGGGCCAGGGCACCAGAACAGCCAAGGCCCAGCAGCCCCCAGCUGCCAGCUCUGUGCUCUGGGGACGGAGGUGCUCCAGACCAACAUUGUUACUGCACUGUCCAGCAGAGAUUGAUCUGUGCACUUUCCACCUGAGGCACCGAGAGGAUUCUCAUGAAAGAAUUUGCCCUGCUUUGUUAAGUAAAAGCAAUUGCUACCUAAGCACCAGCUUUUGUAAUGGAACUUAAGGAACAAGGCAUCUUUUUUCAUUCGUAGUUUCAACCUUUGUGCAGCUAAAGGAGUCAUGCUUACUAAAUGCCAAAAGGAAAAAGUACAAAUCCUCAGCAGAUAAGCUUGGACUUAGCAGUGCUCAACAGCAGUCAUGUGUGAUCCCAGAGCUCAGGGUUUGUUCAUUCUUCUCCAGCCCUUGCUUGACACCCUCUGUGGUGUGAGAGCAGCACACCGCAGCUUUUACCUGAGAUGCCAGAGUGCAGGAUUCCUGAUGGUUAUCCCAUAGCUCCCUGCCAAGCUCAAAAGCUUCAGCAACCUGCCCUCACCCCAGUAAAAAUUCUCAUAGAAUUAGAGCAAGUAAUUGAUAUGUGCGAGUGAACUUCAGCUGUGUUAACAGUAAAAUGUGUACAGUACAUGUUAUAUACACACACACACAUAUAUAUAUAUACACACACCCCUGCUGUCUGUCUCGUUUGACCAUCCAGCAAUGUCACAUUUACCACUGGCCCAAAUAAAGAGAGAGGCAAAUGAGGCACACAUCUUUUUGUACGUCGUCUUUUGUACUGCAGUAACUUCCACCCAGCCAGAGUAUUGCCAUGCUAUACAAACAGUUCAAGUUGCUCCAUCUUGAUUACUUUAUGUAAUAUAGCUCUAAUAAACCUAUUUUAUUCUUA